AUGGUCACGGAAAACCAGGCGUUGCCGUCUCAAUCGAGGCUCACCACUAUCCUGGUGAACAACCUGCAUUGCCCUUCGUGCGUGAUUAAUGUUGAAGAGACUUUGUCAGCUCUCACACCCUCCCCCUUUUCCAUCUCGACCUCCAUCGUGUCCCAUGAAAUCAGAGUCACGCACCCCAUUACACUCAGCAGCUCCCGGAUCGUACGCGCCCUCGAAGAGGUUGCAUUUGAAAUUGACAGUGUCAUUGCCAAUGACUCGGAUGAAGGCGACCUUGAAGCUCAGCAACACCGACCCCGUCACGCUAGCUCUGGAAAGCAUGAUGUUCUUUCUCAAUCGAAAGUACAUAUCCAAAAGUGCGAUGAAUGUGCCACGCAACUCGCCGCAUUAUCAUCCAGUACUAGUGAUGAUGAACGGGCUAUGAAGAAGGAGAUCACUGCAGCAACCGCGUCCGUCAGCUCUGCGGACAACAGCCUCACAUCCGUUAUGGACGAUCGGCUUACAGGCAGUCGAACACGCAUUACACUAUCUAUCAGUGGAAUGUCCUGCAGCUCAUGUGUGGGAAAGAUUACGGGUGCAUUGCAAAACCGACCGUGGAUCUUAUCGGCCGAUGUCAAUCUUCUGACUAGUAGUGCCGUGAUAAUGCUCAUGGAUAACUCACAUGUGGACGAAGUGCUUGAGAUUAUCAGAAGCUCGGGAUACACUGUGGAACUGAUCGACACGGAGGAGCUGCAACCUCAGAAACCAUCCAAGCCAUCUGGAAUGGCAGAUGCUUGGCGAGCUUCCUAUGUCAUCGGCGGCAUGACCUGCAGCUCCUGCGUUGGCAAAGUGACUGACACUCUGAACCACCACGAUUGGAUUACCAAGGUGGACGUGAACCUGGUCUCGGGCAGUGCGACAGUGGAAUUCCAAGGAAAAAAACACCUCGACGAGAUUGCAAAAAUCAUCAAGGGUCUGGGUUAUACGGCCACUCUUAGUGACCUGGAGAGUAGGGCGCCGGCGGAACAACGUAGCACGAAACGAUCAGUCAUAAUCCAAGUGGACGGAAUGCACUGUGCACAUUGCCCUCAGCGCAUUGUGGAUGCUCUGGAGGUAUAUUCAGGCCGGCUGGAUGUGACAGAACCGCCUAGCAAAACUCAACACAGGCUCACGGUAAAUUAUCUUCCCGACGCACCCAAUUUUACCAUCCGUCAUAUUAUCCGGACCAUCGCCGAUGUGGACAAGUCCUUCACCGUUUCCAUUUACCAUCCGCCCAGUCUGGAGGAACGUUCGCAAGCAAUGCAUCGUCGACAUCAGUGGCAAAUUGCACGUCGCCUAGCCCUGUCCGUGCUGGCAGCCAUACCAACAUUCAUCAUCGGGAUUGUUUACAUGUCCCUAGUCUCAAAGGACAACCCCGGUCGCAUGUACCUCGAAGAGCCCAUGUGGGCUGGUCAGGUCUCACGCAUUGAAUGGGCACUGUUCAUCAUGGCAACCCCCGUCUACUUCUUCGCUGCUGACCUGUUCCACCGCCGUAUGAUCACCGAGCUUAAAGCCUUAUGGAGACCGGGGAGCAAGACCCCGAUCCUGCGGCGUUUCUAUCGUUUUGGAAGUAUGGAUAUGCUCAUGUCGCUGGGAACGUCAAUUGCUUAUUUCUCGUCCAUCGCCAUAUUGGCAAUUGAUGCCACACAGCCGAGGGACGGCCACAAAGCGUCCAGUGACGGAACAUUUUUCGACUCGGUGGUGUUCCUGACGAUGUUUCUAAUGAUCGGCCGAUUGCUAGAGGCUUAUAGCAAAGCUAAGGCUGGAGAUGCCGUAGGUCUCCUUGGCAAGUUGCGCCCUAAGGAAGCUCUCCUCGUAGAGCGGGAUGGGGAGGAAUCCACGAAGUCUCACGCGGUUCCAGCCGAUCAGUUGGAAUUUGGGGACGUGGUACGUGUGUCGAAUGGUGCUUCCCCACCGUAUGACGGGACGGUGGUAGAAGGAGAAUCUCAGUUCGACGAAUCCAGCUUGACCGGAGAAUCUCGACCGGUCACCAAGUCGAUCGGCGAUGAUGUAUUCUCGGGCACUAUCAAUCAGGCAGGCCCAGUUUCGGUGCGUAUCACUGGACUUUCUGGGGAUUCGAUGUUGGAUCAGAUUAUUGGCGCCGUUCGUGAAGGUCAAAUUCGCCGAGCACCCAUCGAGCGCACAGCUGACCUGAUCACUGGCGUCUUCGUGCCGAUCAUUACGCUGAUUGCUAUUUUGGACUGGAUUGUAUGGCUGGCCCUUGGCCUCUCGGGCCGAUUGCCUGAAUCAUGGAUGAAUGGCAAUCCCGGAGGCUGGGAGUUCUGGUCGUUGCAAUUCGCUAUAUCGGUGUUCGUUGUCGCUUGCCCCUGUGGAAUUGGGCUUGCUGCUCCAACAGCGCUAUUUGUUGGUGGCGGACUCGCUGCCCAGAAUGGUAUUCUGGUCAAGGGAGGUGGUGAAGCGUUCCAGGAAGCUAGCCAACUCGAUUGUAUCGUUUUUGAUAAAACAGGUACCAUAACUGAGGGAGGUGAACCGGCCAUCACUGAUCAUGAAGUAGCCAACAGUGAAGAUGCCGACAAAGUCUGGGGUGCGGUGUUAGACCUGGAACAGAACAGUAGUCACCCAAUCGCUAGGGCGAUGGUGUCCUUUGCCAACUCCCAACAGCCAGCGGCCCUAAAAGCUACUACUGUGGACGAGAUUCCAGGAAAGGGCAUGAAAGGCUCCUUCUUUCCUCAGGGCCAAAAUGGACUUGUGCUUGAGGUCAUUGUAGGCAAUGAAGCUCUGAUGAAGGAUCAUAAGGUUGUGAUAUCCUCGAGCAAUGAUGAAACGUUGACUGCCUGGAAGCGCCAGGCAAAGUCGGUAGUUCUAGUCGGCACCAGAAGCCGUCCGACACCAGGGCACACGGCGCACGUUCCUUGGAAGCUCUCGUUGAUGCUGGCUGUAGCCGACCCCAUUCGACCCGAGGCUAAGGACACCCUUCAAGCCUUGCGGAAUCGGGGCGUCGCGGUCUGGAUGCUUUCCGGAGACAAUCCGACAACUGCUCACGCAGUGGGAAAGAUGGUAGGAAUCCCGCCGGACAACAUUAUCGCCGGUGUGUUGCCAGAGCAAAAGGCCGAGAAAGUACAAUACCUGCAGAAAACUCUACAAAAACCUCCUCGUUCGAGUUGGUUCAAGUGGAGCAAGGAGCCCCAGUCCGGCCGAGCGAUCGUCGCCAUGGUUGGUGAUGGAAUUAAUGACUCACCUGCUUUGACCGUAGCUGAUGUGGGUAUCGCCAUUGGGUCUGGCUCGGAUAUCGCCAUCUCGUCUGCAGAAUUUGUUCUGGUCUCCUCCGGUCUUACCUCUCUUCUCACCUUGAUCGACCUUAGUCGCCUCGUCUUUCGACGGAUCAAGUUCAACUUUGGCUGGGCUUUGGUGUAUAACUGUGUUGCCGUUCCAGUCGCCGCUGGUGUGUUCUAUCCCAUUGUCAGCAAUGGUACUCAUGUGCGGUUGGAUCCCAUCUGGGCUAGUCUUGCAAUGGCGUUGAGCAGUGUUAGCGUUAUUUGCAUUGGCUUCAGAGCUAAGAAAUAG